AAAAUAAAAACUUAACAAACCAGAUGAGUGGUGUUGCAUAAGUCAAAUACAGAGAAUCAAAAACAUCGUCUCUUCACGACUCACCUACGACAAUUCACAAGACUGAGUUGAAUCCUUACGUUUAUCCUGCCCCUGUCUUCUUCUUUUAUUUUCUAUCCGAUAUUCGCAUCCUAAUCCUAUGAUUGAUAUUGGUUUGGUGGCAAAUACGAUUGGUUCGAUUAAGGACACGCUAGGGAAAUGGGUGAAGUUGGCUGCCGACACUACCAAGAAGGCCGAGGAUUAGAUAAAUGAUCAUAUCAAUUAGUAAUUGGGAUUUCGUUCCACAGCACUGGUUUUAGAAUGCUUAAACCUGUAAGAGAUGUUACACGUGAGAGCGCCACGUACAGCUGACCAUGACUGAAAACUGGUUGAGGCAAAAAUAAAGAAGCACUGAUUUUAAGCUCCAAGAGUCCCACAAGUAUGAUUGUUUAAUUGAUGCUAAUACUGUAUCAGCUCGAGAACCUUGUGGAAAAACUGGUAGUGUUUGUCUGAACAAUAGUAGUAAUGCUACAAUUAUUGAUUGCUCUGUUGUUGAUUGCCUAAGUGUUGAUUGCUAAUUAAUAGGAAGCCUUUUUAUAUGAAUUUGUAUUUUAAGCAGCUAAGCUUUUUUUGCCUUCUUUGUAGUAAGAUUAUCGAUUAGUAUUCAUCACAACAAUGAAAUGUUUCUUUCUGUCCUUUGAAGAUAUAUAUGAAAGCUCAGGCACCACUAUCAUCAUAUCAGAGAUGGAUGUUUUUGGUGUGGUGAUUUAAGAUGCAGCCCAUUCUAUUACUGCUGCUGACAAUAGUAGUAAUCUACAAAUGUAUCAUAUGACAUAUUCUGCAACUGAAUUAUAUUACCGUCAAAAGAGGUCUUUACUGCAAGAAAGACAAAGUCUACCACACCUUAUCCUGCAACUGGAUCCAAAACCGCAGAACCUAACUUCAUCACACGAUUGCAAUGUGAAAUGCAGGAAAACAUAUUGGAAGCAGUUAAGGAGAUUUUUUACACGACGGGCAGGUGACUUCUCCUGACUUGGAUUUUGAAGGGUUAAGGUAUAUUUUGCAAAGAAGGCCAAAAGUUUCGGGGAAUUGAUGAUAAGUAAAAGAAACAAAUAAAGUAUGUAAUAACGUCCUCACAUAAUACAAUCUCGGACCUUUUUCUUCGUCUCUGUCUCUCUCUCUCUCUCUAGUCUUUACACUGUAGCUUCAUCCUCUUUUUCAACUUCAGUCGCGUGUAAAUGAUGAUCAAUUAAGUAGUGUUGCUUGCUCUAUCGGAUCUUCUUCUUCUUCUUCUUCGCUCAGCAACCUUUUUUCAACUCUCUCACCGACUUCACUCGGAGAGAUCUCGUUCUCCGCCCGACUAAGUGAAUAAUGAUCGCCGACGCCGUUUCCAAGCCCGUGAAUCAUCUUUUCGCAUCCGACCACAAAAGGGAUGCAUAUGGUUUUUCUGUGAGGCCUCAGCAUGUGCAACAAUACCGAGAGUAUGUUAACAUCUACAAGGGGGAAGAAGAGGAGAGGUCGACCAGGUGGAGCAAUUUCCUGAAAGAUCAUGCAGAAUCUGGCGUGUCACCUGUGAAUGGAUUAUCUGAAAAUAAGCAUGUACAUCCAAGUGAGAGUGACAAUACAAAACAAGAGGAGUUAAGCAAGGGAGCCGACAGAGAAGAUUUGAAUACUGAACAGCCAGAUUGUGAUUUAACUCCUGGAAAUGUGAGAGAGGAAGAUGAAGUUCCCAAUGCAGAGACGAAAGUUCAGUUAUGGACCGAGAUCAGACCUUCUCUUCAAGCAAUUGAGGACUUGAUGAGUGUCCGUAUCAAAAUGAAGGAGGAUUCCUCAAAUGGCGACCAAGAAGUUCAGAAAUUUAAUUCUUUACCUUCAACUGGUGGGAUCAAAUCUUCAAAGGGAGUAACUGAGAAUGAUUCUGAAGACGAGUUUUUUGAUAUGGAGAGAUCAGAUCCAUUUCAGGAUGGUGCAGAUGGUACAAGUGUCUCCAGCAUGUCUGCUUCUGCUGAUACAGUAUCUGCUUGCCCCUGGAAAGAAGAACUUGAAGUCCUUGUUCGUGGCGGUACACCUAUGGCUCUGAGGGGUGAGCUCUGGCAAGCAUUUGUGGGCGUUAAGAAACGUCGGGUCAAGAAUUAUUACCAAAAUCUGCUAGCUGCUGAUAGUCUAGGAAACGGCAUAGAACAGGAGCACAUGCAGCAUGCAGAUGAGAAAGGUUCAAGUACAGACCCCCUCGCUGUUGUGGAAAAAUGGAAAGGACAGAUAGAAAAGGAUUUACCUCGGACAUUUCCAGGUCAUCCUGCCCUAGAUGAUGAUUUCAGAAAUGCUCUGCGGCGGUUGCUAACUGCCUAUGCUAGGCAUAAUCCAUCUGUUGGAUACUGUCAGGCCAUGAAUUUCUUCGCUGCACUUUUAUUACUUCUGAUGCCCGAAGAGAAUGCCUUUUGGUCGCUGAUAGGCAUCAUUGAUGACUAUUUUAAUGAUUAUUAUUCAGAAGAGAUGAUAGAGUCCCAGGUCGACCAACGAGUUCUGGAGGAGUUAAUUCGAGAAAGAUUCCCUAAAUUGGUUCAUCAUCUAGAUUAUCUUGGAGUUCAGGUGGCUUGUGUUACAGGGCCAUGGUUUCUUUCCAUCUUCAUUAAUAUGCUUCCGUGGGAAAGUGUUCUCAGAGUGUGGGAUGUGCUUCUAUUUGAAGGAAAUCGUGUUAUGCUUUUCAGAACAGCGCUCGCAUUGAUGGAAUUUUAUGGUCCUGCAUUGGUUACAACCAAGGACACUGGAGAUGCUGUUACUUUGCUACAAUCAAUGACUGGUUCAACAUUUGAUAGCAGCCAGCUCGUUUUAACUGCUUCCAUGGGUUACCAAAAUGUACAUGAAAGUAGAUUGCAGGAAUUAAGAAGCAAACACAGACCAGCUGUGGUAGCUGCAUAUGAGGAAAGAUUAAAGGAUCUUCAAGCUUGGAGGGAUUCGAAAGACCCUGCAACCAAAUUGCAUAGUCCUAAGCAAGACCCAAAAUCUGUUUUAGUGGAUUCUAGCAAAGCCUCAUUGUCAAAUAGGAGUUUAUCUCGUUCCCAAUCAGGAUUUAGUAAUGCAGACGAAGUCUUUAUUAACCUAACUGGGAAUGGAGAGAUAGAUUGUAUUCAAGAUCUUCAAGGACAGGUUUUUUGUUUGAAGCGUGAACUCUACAAGUUGCUUGAGGAGAAAAGAUCAGCUGUACUAAGAGCUGAAGAGUUGGAGGUAGCUCUCAUGGAGAUGGUCAAACAAGACAAUCGGCGUCAACUGAGUGCUAAGAUUGAGCAGUUAGAGCAAGAGGUGGCAGAGCUUCGAAGAAUUGUUUCUGAUAAGAGGGAGCAAGAAGGUGCUAUGAUACAGGUCUUGAUGCGAAUGGAGCAAGAGCAUAAAGUAACAGAAGACACACGGAGACUUGCUGAGCAGGAUGCAGCAGCUCAGAGAAAUGCUGCUGAAGCGCUUCAGGAAAAGUAUGAGGAAGCUGUUGCUGCGCUCGCUGAGAUGGAGGAGAGGGCGGUAAUGGCAGAGUCCAUGUUGGAGGCGACUUUGCAGUAUCAAUCUGGCCAAGUUAAAGCACAUCCUUCACCACGGCAACUGAAGCAAGAUUUGCCAGUCAUGGUCAGUCUUUAGAACCUUAUCCAAGGACCAAGAACACUACUCAUGAAAAAUCUAAGGAGCAAGUUAACGACGAGAAGCCAUCAUCAACAGGACAAAACAUAAACUGCAUAGCAGAAGAAAAUGACACAAAGCUCUAAGACACUGCGACACUCCGUAAGGUAUAUAGUUAUACAAAUUGCCCAUUAGAUUCUCCACAUAACAAGUAGAUAUAUUGGAUUACACAAUUUCUUUGGUACGCAUAUAGAAACAAUUUGUUUCAAGUCAACCUCUGUUUGUAUGACAAAGAGUUUUCAACUAUCUAUAGUGGAGCAGAAUCCACAAACGAACUUCAACUAUAUAAUAUAUGUAUCAAUCAACCAUAAUGGGACAUGUAAGUCUUUUAUUA